AUGAUAUUUUGGAAAAAAUUUUACAUUUAUUUUUUAAUUAUUUUAUCUUUUUUCAAAAUUAUAUAUUGUGGAAAUAAAACAGAACCAGGAAAACCGUUUCCUGAUGGUUUUAUAUGGGCUGUUGGAAGUUCAGCAUUUCAAAUUGAAGGAGCAACAAAAGAAGAUGGACGUGGUCCAACAAUUUGGGACUAUUACAUGGGAGAAAAAGGAUAUAUUGCUGAUAAUUCAACUGCCGAAAUUAGUUGUGACUCUUAUCACAAGUAUGAAGAUGAUGUAUCAAUGGUAAAGAAUCUUAAUGUUACUCAUUAUCGUUUCUCAAUUGCUUGGUCCAGAAUUUUUCCACGAGGUAUUACUAGUGAAAUUAAUCAGAAAGGUGUUGAUUAUUACAACAAUUUAAUAAAUCUUUUGCUUGAAAAUAGUGUUGAGCCUAUUAUUACUUUACAUCAUUUUGAUUUGCCAUUAGCAUUACAUUUUAAAGGUGGAUGGUUAAAUGAUAAUAUUCAAGAUUGGUUUGCAGAAUAUGCCCGUUUUUGUUUUCAAAAUUUUGGUGAUAGAGUUAAAUACUGGGUUACAUUUAAUGAACCUAAUCAACAAGCAUUAGAAGGUUAUUGUGGUAGUAAUAAUUUAUUAGCACCAGGUUCAUUUGAUGAACAUUGUUCUUGGACAGUUUAUCAAGCUGUUUAUAAUCAAUUAAUAGCACAUGGAAAAGCUGCAGGAAUAUAUAAAAAUGAAUUUGCUAGAAGACAAAAUGGAAAAAUAGGAAUAAAUCUUGCUGCAAUAGCAUUAGAUGCAGAAUCUUUAAAACAUCAAAGUGCUGCUGAUUUAUGGAAUGAUUUAUAUUUUGGAAUAUUUGCUCAUCCAAUAUUUACAUUAAAAGGAAAUUAUCCUCCUAGUGUUAUAGCAUUAUUUCAAGAUCUUAUGAGAAGAGAUAAUACAACAGUUCAAAGAUUAAGAAUGUUAUCACAAGAAGAAGCUAUUUUAUUAAGAGGUUCAACAGAUUUUUUAGGUUUGAGUUAUUAUUAUACUCGUAUGGUUAAAAAAGGUUAUGUUAAAACAAGUUCUAAAAAUAUUGGUGAAUUAUAUAAUAAAGAUGCUGGAGUUACCUUAUUUAUUAAUCCUCAUUGGCAAAAAGUUGGUGAUAGAUGGAUAACUCAUACACCACAUGGUUUAUAUAAUUAUUUAAAUUAUAUUAAAACAAAUUAUAAAAAUACAUCAAUUUUUGUUUUACAAAAUGGUUGUUAUGAUGUUGGUAAUGAAGGUUUAGAAGAUAAAACAAGAAUUGUUUAUAUGAAAACACAUUUAGAAGCUAUUCAAGAUGCUAUAGAAGCAGGUGCCAAUGUAAUUGGUUAUACAGCAUGGAGUCUUAUGGAUUCAUUUGAAUUUAGACAUGGUUAUACAGUUAAAUUUGGACUUUAUCAUGUAAAUUUUUCAGAUCCAGAUAGAACAAGAAUCCCUAAGAGAUCUGUUGAAUUUUUUAGAAAUGUAACAUCUGAAAACAGAAUUGGACCAUAUUUUAAUGAAAUAAUUAAACAAGAAGAUUAUGAAAAUAUUAAUAUUCUUAAUUGA